AUGGAGAAACAACAGGUGUGCGAGUCCCCAAAAAUCACUGACUACUUUCAUGGAAGUCCAGAUAAAGGUUCUUGUCUUUCGGAAUCUGUAAGUAAAGACAGCCUUAGGCUUGAAGACAUUUUACCUACUCCUGAAACAUCACCUGUUAAAGACAAAGCAGAAAGUAAGACAGACGUUCAGCCCAUUGGGGUAUCCUCACCAGACUCUACCACAGACAUCAAAGCAUCAAACAAUGCCUGUGAGAAACUAGCUGAGCGUCUAGCAGAAGACAUUUCAGCGGGCAAAGCUGGCAAGGAAAAUAUAACAGACAAUAAACCUAACCCAGUGUCAGACAGCUCUGAGGUUCUCCUGUGUCCACACCAGAGGCCAGACCUAAAACACAACGGAAGAAGAAGACGGAUCCAGCUGCUAACAAUCACGUCCUCACUGAUUAUUUUUCCCGUCCGAAGAAGCAAUCGUCAGUGUGUGUCAAACAUAAAGAAAGAUGAAGAAAACCGUAUUGAAGAUGCAGUAUUAAAUGGGAAAGAAAUUGGCUUAAAGGUCGUGGAAUUUGAGGGUAAAGGACGAGGUGUGAUUGCUACACAGGAUUUCCGGCGAGGAGGAUUUGUAGUGGAGUACGCUGGUGACCUAAUUGAUCUCAACACGGCCAAACUGCGAGAGGAGGAAUACGCACAAAGGCCAGACAAGUUUGGCUGUUACAUGUACUACUUUACACACAAGAAUAAGAACUAUUGCGUUGAUGCUACAUUGGAGUCGGGUCGUUUGGGAAGGCUGCUGAACCACAGCAAGAAGGGAAACUGUCAUACGAAGUUAACUGAAGUGAAGGGCACACCUCGAUUGAUACUGGUGGCGUCAAGAGACAUCCAGUCUGGAGAAGAGUUACUGUAUGAUUAUGGAGACAGAAGUAAAAGCUCAUUAGAGGCUCACCCAUGGCUCAAGUCAUGAUGUCCAUGAUAGGAUAAUGCUCGGUGUACAAGAGAGCUUAAGACACAACGGUCGAGUUGCGGAGAUUCUUCAGUGGUUAAGUAUGUGCCGAUUUUUAUCUAACGUCGUAAGGUAUAAAGUUCCAGGAACAAACUGUGAGUUGACUCGCACGUUGAUCACUCAUCUGUGCUGUGCUUUGCAGUACUAAACCACAAUCCCUUUAUUUGGCCGCCUGUGGUUCGCGUUACUGUCGUCCUAUUGUUGAUACAAUCAGAUUUUGUCAGUGAUAUGAUGUCAUCAGUCAUAUUCGUUUCGAACGGUAUUUUUAAGUGCUGGGGUAUCGUGUUGAGAUCUGUGAUGUUCAACCCAUGGCUUCAUCCUCAUGUCUCGUUGCAUGUGUUGCUACAUGUAUGGUCUGUCUAAUUUGAAAGUCUAAUUUUGAAAUCUGAAUAUUGCAUAUUGGAAGUCGGGAUAGCAUACGAUUGAAGUUUGGAUAUUACACAACUGAAAUUUGUUUACUUAAGUCCUGAUAUGGUAUAUUGUAAGAAUGUUAUAGACAUAAAGUCUUGCACAUUUGAAGUCAUGAUGCCAUACGAUUGAAAAAUAGAUAUGACACUUCCAGAUCUUGGAUAUGUACAUGAAAGUCAAAGGCAUGUUCAAGACUCGGGUCUUGCAUUGUUAUACAGAUGACUGAAGUCACGAUGCAAGAUGCCCAUACAGGAAAUCAGAUAAAAAGGGCAAAAGUCAUGUAAUCACAAUGCAAAAUGUCCAUAUCUGAAGUAAAAAUUAGCAGGGUGAAAGUCAGGAGUCCUCACAGGGCCAGAAGUCACAUCAUUAUCAUGAAUCAAACCUCCAUGACCAUGGCGACAGCAACCUGCGGAUGGUCCUGGGUUUCCCCCGGGCUCUGCCCAGUUUCCUCCCACCAUAAUGCUGGUCGUCGUCGUAUAAGUGAAAUAUUCUUGAGUACGGUGUAAAACCCCAGUCAAAUAAAUAAAUCCAUGACCAUGGUUUGCAUAUCCAUCGAGCAUGAGAAUUUUUUUCUUCACAUUUUUGCUCAUUUUGGGGGAUUUUUGCCCCAAAAGGAGAAAAUGAACUAUCUAAUAUGAAUGAUUAGUUGCAUGUUUUUAUCGUUUUGGUUUUUUUCUGUCAGAUUUUUCCAGGAGCGUCAGUUCUCAUACGUAGACUUUCGUGAACACCGAUCUCAUUGUACAUAUCACUAAAAACACGGCUGAAUCUGUAGAGAUGACUUCAAACUGAUCAGGAUGAAAAUUGAUAUCAGAACACUGAAUUGUGGCCAAGAGCCUUUGGCAUGCCUUAUCGCCGCCUGUGUGUAUGACUACAUACAACAUCAGCGCUUGCCAGGCAAUGUAACACACCCCCUACAGCAUCGCUUAAUUCUCUCGGAAUCUAAGGCGAUUGUACGUCAGAGUAUUGUCAUGUACUGUAUUUGACUCACAAAUUUACCCAACAAAGUUCAUCAACUUAAGAUCAUAAAAUAUUAGUUUGGUGAAGCUGAACUUUUCUCCAGUAGGAUAUGGUGUUAUACAUUCCAAACAAAUCUCAGGCCUUUGAAUGUGAGGCGUGCUAUCACAGUCACACGCCUAAUGCACUUCUGAAAACAGUGGCUAGGUGUGCUAGUAGGACACACAUGACUAAAUUAGAAGCCUGGAGAGAGUGAAUUUAGGUGUGCUAAUCACACUCCUGGGCCCAGCUUCGCAAAGAAGUCGUACAUGUACAAUAGUUAUACAUAUAGGACAAUGGCAGGAUAAUAGUAAUGUACGAAAUAUUAUACGACGUACGACAAAUGUACAGUAAAAAAAAGUAUUAUAAGCCGCUUUGUGAAACUGGGCCUAGUUGUUUUGCAAAGGUGUAAUAAUCACACGCAGACUAACAAAAUGAAAUCCUGAAAACUCAAGAUGCCUCUCUCAGAUCAAUACAACUAUAAAGAAUUGUGCAAAAUGAGUAAUGGACAAAUUUUGUGUCAAAUACAGUAUUUUAACAAUGCAAAAAAGGGUUAAGAAAGAACUUGAUGUUGCAGUCUUCAUGUUUCACUGUUCAUUAGUGUCAUGAAUCAUAGUUUUUGUUUAUUUUGGUUGUGUUAGCUCAGGGAAAGGUCACUUUGACCUUGACAGCCCCCUGCAUGGCUGAACGUCCUUGGGUACUUCUUUACAAAGUCCACUUUUUCAGCCAAUUUUUUUCUCCUUGUACCAUUGAAUUAAUAUUUUUUGUGUGUAACCAAAGAUAUAAUUUAUUGUUGUAUAUAGUGCACAACAUAGUAUAUCCAUAAUUUAGACCAGAAUUUUAUUAAAAUAAAGUGGCAAUGAAUUCUUGAAUUGGAACAGAUAAAUUUUGUGUACUGUAAAUGUUCAGUGCAAAUAAUUGGAAUGUUCAUGAUUUGUUUGCAGUCAUUAAAUGUAAAGUUGAUAAGUUUUCACUGGAAGUUAAAAGUAACAUGGUGGGGGCCCUCCGUGGCUCAGUUGGUUAGCGCGCUAGCGCAGCUUAAUGACCCAGGAGCCUUUCACUAAUGUGGUCGCUGUGAGUUCAAGUCCAGCUCAUGCAGGCUUCCUCUCCGUGGGAAGGUCAACCAGCAACCUGCGGAUGGUCGUGGAUUUCCCCCAGGCUCUGCUCGCUUUCCACCCACCAUAAUGCUGGCCGCCGUCAUAUAAGUGAAAUAUUCUUGAGUACGGCGUAAAACACCAAUCAAAUAAAUAAGUAAUAUGGUUGAUAUUGUGGUUUCAUCAUUCACCGAUUAUCUUUCAUGUGUUUGGAACCAGUAUUUUUUUUAUAUCAUCUGUGUCUACGAUUCACCCAAUAACAUUCAUACAAAAUUCAGAUUUCCCCCUGAUGUACUGUCACUUGCUAAAUGGAACCACUGGUAUAAACUUGACAUGAGCCUCAGCGAGAACCUUACGUGACUUACGUGUGUGGUUUUUGAUACUGCUGGUUCUGAAAUUGGAACCACCUUACUUUACAUCUUCAACCUCUUUGACCUCUAAAGCAUAUUUUUUUUCCAGUGGAAUUUAUACAUACAAUAUGAUAAUGACACUAAAAAAUAAAAUAUUUGUCUCACUAAAAAUGCAAGCUUUAUAUCAUUACUCUGCACACCAUAGUUCUCUUAAGAAUGUUUCAAAUAUUGGUCACAGUACUGGCUGAAAAGAUUGAAGAAUUAGUGUAAGCCCGUGACUUCUGAAAGAGCCUCACUCACUGAUGCCUCUGAAAACAAGCAUACAGAGGGCACUGAAAACAAGCAUACAGAGGGCACUGAAAACAAGCAUACAGAGGUCACUGAAAACAAGCAUACAGAGGGCACUGAAAACCUUCAUACAGAGGCCACUGAAAACAAGCAUACAAAGGGCACUGAAAACCUUCAUACAGAGGCCACUGAAAACAGGCAUACAGAGGGCACUGAAAACAAGCAUACAAGGGCUCUGAAAAGCUCAUAAAAUGUACCCCCUUGUAAGUGAAAUAUUCUAGAGUACAGUGUGAAACCCCGAUCAAAUGAAUAAAGGGACACAAAAUGUUGGAAAAUCACACUAAUAGCAUGACUUGAGUAAAUACUGACGCACGAUUCAUACAAGGAAUUUUAAUACCACUAGUUUAGUAAACAGUAACUUGUUUCAAUAGGUAUUUGGGAAUUUUUAAAAUUGGUUAAACUCUUCUGUCUUUCUAUUUGUGUAGCCAUUGCUUAUAAAUGGUUUACAUUAGUAAUAAGGUGGCUACAUGUAGCUUUUAAAUUAGUAAUAAGGUGGCUACAUGUAGUUUUAAAGUCUGUAUAAAUUAAAAAUGCAUUCAUUGACAUACUUUCAUCACCAGAUGUGGAAAAGCAACAUUUUUAAGGCAGUA